AGGAGCCUGUGAUCUCCACCUAUUGUCAAAAGUAGACCGGAGGACUGAGAGGAGUCUGUGGGGAAACGGUGUCAGCACCCGUCUGUCUUUUUCUAUUUGAUUCUACUUUUAUAUCAGACCUCUGUUCGUGUUUUUCAUAAAAGCGUUUAAUUCAUUGAUCGAGUUCACUGUGAGCCACAGACUGAGCUUUAACUCCUGAACCUGCUCUUUGGUGAUUUGAUGUGUUUUAUCUCAGGGCGGAGAAUAGUUUAUAAUAAUAGUUCAUAGAGUUUAUAUCGAGCCGUGAAUACUUGUGACAGGACUGACAGGAUGGAUGCGCGGAACGAGAUGGAACUGUUGGCUGCAGCCAAAAAACAAGAAAAUGGAGAUUUAAGUGAGAGCCAGGAGAAUGGGAAGGAAGAGAAAGAGAAGGUAGAGUCGGCCAUGGUUGGCCCCAUCGAAGUGUUUAAGUUUGCACAGGGCCUGGACAUUUUGUUAAUCGUGGUUGGGACGAUCUGUGCCGUACUCAACGGUGUAGCACUUCCUGUCAUGUGUAUUGUGUUUGGGGCCAUGACAGACAGCUUUGUAAGGAACGUCCCAAUCGGAGAGAACAGCACUCAUUCCAAUUUCACCUCCAUGCCAAGAAACAACACCUUACAGGAAGACAUGAAGAAUUAUGCCAUCUACUACGCCAUCAUUGGCUUCGUUGUGCUGGUGGCAGCCUACGUGCAGGUGGCCUUCUGGACCCUGGCCGCCGGGCGGCAGGCCACACGCAUCCGCAAGCUGUUUUUCCACAGCAUCAUGCGUCAAGACAUCGGCUGGUUCGAUGUCACCGAGACAGGAGAGCUCAACACACGGCUCACAGACGAUAUCUAUAAGAUCCAAGAUGGUAUUGGCGAGAAGACUUCGAGCCUGAUCCAGGGCCUCUCCACCUUCGCCUCAGCCAUGAUCAUCGGCUUCGUCAAAGGCUGGAAACUCACUCUGGUCAUCCUGGCGGUGAGCCCUCUGUUGGGCCUCACAAGUGGGAUUUUCGUCAAGGUGAUGGGGACUUUCACGGCUAAAGAGCAGGCUGCGUAUGCCAAAGCUGGAGCCGUGGCCGAAGAGGUGCUCUCUGCUGUCAGGACAGUUUACGCCUUCAGUGGUCAGAACAAAGAAAUCACAAGGUAUAGUAAAAACUUGGAGGAGGCAGAGAAGAUGGGAAUCAGGAAGGCGAUAUCUGCCAACAUUGCCAUGGGCCUCACCUUCAUGCUCAUCUUCAUGUUCUAUGCUCUGGCCUUCUGGUACGGGACCACACUGAUCCUACAAAAGGAGUACACCCUUGGAGAUGUACUAACCGUGUUCUUCGUCGUGCUUGUUGGAGCGUUCAUUAUGGGACAGAAGUCUCCUAACUUUGAGAACUUCGCCGCCGCCAGAGGAGCAGCGUUUAAAGUCUACAACAUCAUUGAUCGUAUACCGGUCAUCAACAGCUUUUCAGAGGAGGGCUACAAGCCUGAUUACAUCAGAGGAAACAUAGAGUUCAAGAACAUCCACUUCAGCUACCCCUCUAGGCCGGACAUCAAGAUUUUAAAUAACUUGUGUCUGAGCGCGAGAAGUGGCGAGACCAUGGCUUUGGUGGGCGGCAGCGGCUGCGGCAAAAGCACCACGAUCCAGCUGCUGCAGAGGUUCUACGAUCCUCAGGAAGGAUCUGUAACACUUGACGGUCAUGACAUCCGGACUCUUAACGUUCGCCACUUGAGAGAGAUGAUCGGCGUGGUGAGUCAGGAGCCCAUCCUCUUUGCCACCACCAUUGCUGAGAACAUCAGAUACGGCCGACCUGACGUGACCCAGCAGGAGAUAGAACAAGCUACCAAGGAAGCCAACGCUUACGACUUCAUUAUGAAACUUCCUCAGAAGUUUGAGACGAUGGUUGGAGACCGAGGGAGUCAGAUGAGUGGAGGACAGAAACAGAGGAUUGCUAUCGCUCGAGCUCUAGUCCGAAACCCCAAAAUCCUGCUGCUGGACGAAGCCACCUCUGCUCUGGAUGCUGAGAGUGAAACCAUUGUGCAAGCUGCACUUGACAAGGUCCGACUGGGUCGUACUACCAUAGUUAUUGCCCACCGUCUGUCAACCAUCAGAAACGCUGACAUCAUCGCCGGCUUCCAGGAUGGUCAGGUUGUGGAGCUGGGGACUCAUACCCAACUAAUGGACACAAAGGGAGUCUACCAUACAUUGGUCACCAUGCAGACCUUUCGGGACGCCAAGGAGGUCGAGGAGGAAGAGCAUGAGCUGGAUGAGUAUCGGCCGAUGGUCAAGUCCGCCUCACGGUCCUCUCUGCACAGAAGGAGGUCAAGAGGCUCCUCCUUUGCUGCCUCGGAAGGAGAAAAAGAGAAGCUGCAUGAAGGCCAGACAGAAGAGGAUGAAGAUGUUCCCUCUGUGCCGUUCACUGAAUUGAUGAAGCUCAACAGCGCAGAGUGGCCGUACAUCUUUGUGGGGACCAUCGCCGCCAUCAUCAACGGAGUAAUUAGGCCAAUGUUCGCUCUCAUCUUCGCCAAGAUCAUCAGUGUGUUUGAAAACAGAGAUCAGGAAAUUAUCAGACAUAAAUCUAAUUUUCUUUGUCUGAUGUUUGCUGUCAUUGGACUCAUAAGCUUCUUCGCCAUGUUUCUACAGGGCUACUGUUUUGGUAAAUCUGGAGAGGUUCUGACCCUUAAACUGAGACUCGGGUCCUUUAGAGCCAUGUUGAGACAGGACCUCGGCUGGUUUGACGACAAAAAAAACAGUGUUGGAGCGCUCACUACCAGACUGGCAGCAGACGCUGCCCAAGUGCAAGGGGCUACAGGAGCCCGUCUGGCCACCAUGGCACAGAACAUAGCUAACAUGGGCACCAGUUUGAUUCUUGCCUUUAUUUACGGCUGGGAGCUGACCCUGCUCAUCCUGGCUUUGGUGCCCUUCUUGGUGUUGACUGGAGCUAUGGAGAUCAAUAUGAUCAAGGGAAGCGCUGACAAAGACAUGAAAGAGCUGGAGAACUCUGGAAAGAUUGCCACAGAAGCCAUCGAGAAUAUCCGCACAGUUGUUUCUCUUAACAGAGAAACCAAGUUUGAGGCUUUGUAUCAAGAAAACCUCGAAAUACCAUUCAAGAAUUCCCAAAAAAGCGCCCAUGUACACGCUUUCACCUUCUCCUUCAGUCAGGCCAUAAUUCACUUCGCUUAUGCAGCCUGUUUCCGCUUUGGCGCGUGGCUCAUUCAGGCAGAAAGGACGACUGUUGAGGGGGUUUUCCUAGUGGUUGUGGCUCUUCUGUACGGUGCCAUGGCUCUCGGAGAGGCGAACUCCUUUGCUCCAGACUACGCUAAGGCCAAAAGCGCAGCUGGCCAUGUCAUGAUGCUGCUGAAGAAAACGCCCGCCAUUGACAAUCUGUCCCAGGAGGGAGAGAAACCGGACAACUUUGAUGGAAACGUGCAUUUUGAAAACGUGAAGUUUAACUACCCUACACGGCCUGAGCAGCCCAUUCUCCAAGGGCUCAAUCUGAAAGUGAGUAAAGGAGAGACUCUAGCCUUGGUGGGCAGCAGCGGCUGUGGAAAGAGCACCACCAUCCAGCUGCUGGAGCGGUUCUACGACCCGAGAGGGGGCAGCGUGCUGCUGGACAACAUUAAUAUAAAACAGCUGAACAUCGACUGGUUGAGGUCUCAGAUGGGCAUUGUGUCCCAGGAGCCCAUCCUGUUCGACUGCACCUUGGCUGAAAAUAUCGCGUAUGGAGACAACAGCCGCACUGUAACCAUGGAGGAGAUAGAGAGCGCUGCUCGGGCGGCAAACAUCCACAACUUCAUAGACGCCCUGCCACAGAAGUACGACACUCCGGCAGGUGAAAAGGGAACGCAGCUGUCAGGUGGUCAGAAGCAGCGUAUAGCCAUAGCACGAGCCAUUCUCCGCAACCCCCAAAUAUUGCUACUCGACGAGGCCACGUCUGCACUCGACACGGAGAGUGAGAAGGUGGUGCAGGAGGCGUUGGAUGUGGCCAGUAAGGGCAGGACGUGUAUCAUCGUGGCCCAUCGCCUGUCCACCAUCCAAAACGCAGACCGCAUCGCCGUCUUUAAGGGAGGAGUGGUGGUGGAACAGGGGACACAUCAACAGCUGCUGGCCAAGAAAGGAGUCUACCACAUGCUGGUCACCACACAGAUGGGCCACAAGAAGGAAUAAGAGGACAGGGAGAGGACAUGAGGAGCACUACACUACACUACACUCCUCCUCGGCCCAGACUCAGUGGAACACUCGGCUCUGAAUGUGUCUGGGUUUGUUUGAAGUCUGGAACUUUUGUACUACUGCUCAUCAGUCUUCACUUUCAUGGCCAUUUAAAAAAAAAAAGAAGACAUUUUGACAUGGGACUGGAGAAGCACAGGUGUAAAUAAUAAAAUUAAUGACUCAUGGGUUAAAACAUGCUCUCACUGUCACAGCUUACUGAGACAUUUGAAUGUUAUAAGUAAUAACUGUAUUUUCCUAUGAUCACAAGUCAAAAUAUCUGCUUUGAAAAUGGCCCGUUGUAUUAUACAGUGUCCCCUCAUGUUUUCUCUUCUUCUUUUUCUUUGUUUCUUGCAAGUCUGUGUUUUCAAGCUUUUUAAACUGGGACUCUUUACCUUUCUCCUUGUUCAGUUGUGCGCUAAAUAUUUAUGAAAAAUGAACAAGAUUAAAGCUAACACACUGGAUUUUAUGUAGUUUAAUGCAUUAAGUAUUCGUCUGACACUUGGUUCA